AUGGACACCGAGCAACAGGCGAAGCAGGAGACUCCUCAACCAGUUGACACCAGUCGCGUCGAUCUUGCCGAGACUAUAGGUGGCUCUCACACGCGUAAAUACCUUAAUGAGCACGUCACGCCCGUCUUGUUGCGAGGAAUGCGAUUGGUCGCCAAACAAAAGCCGGAGGACCCUCUGAGGUUUCUCGGCGAGUUUCUCAUCAAGGAGAGCGAGCAAAGUGCUUCCUCUGUCGCUAAAUAG